GGGAUGUUGAGGAAGGCGGAAAAUCUAGAAAACCAGGUCCACGUAAAAUAUUGUAGAUAUUAAGUGAUACUGGAUCUCCAGAGUUUCCUACACAACAAUCGGCAGGUCGAGGCCAUCGCAAGUCAAAGCCUCGUCUCACAUUGCGACAUGACACGAGAUGUUGAUAAAUGUACAAGAAGUGGCUCACAUUUCUAAUGAUGAAUCUCGCCGGCGAAAAUAUGAAGAGAGCGAUAAGAAAAAGGAGGAACCGAGGGAGCGAAAAAAGUCCUACGUUUUGAAGCAUUUUGACAAAUUCUUCAAUCCACGAGAAAAGUCUAGAGAUCGGGAACCAGAAAGAGCAUGUAGAAGGGAUUGUCGAGGGAUCCAGGAACCGUCUUUGUCCACGAUGAAGAAGCGUCCUGAAGAAGCUCCUCCAGUAAUCAGCGAGACCAAGGAAGCCCAAACAGAGCAGGAUGAGAAAUGCAAGGAAGAGAAGAAGAAACUGGAAGAAGACUUAAGAAGAAUCGCGGAAGAGAUGCAGGAGAAGAAAAUCGACGCGAAGGAAGUGGAAGAAGAGAAGAGCGAGCCGAACUGCAAGAAGUUCCCCGAAGAUGAUCUUUGCUCGGCGAAGCUGACGGAGCUCAUCAACAACUCCAUCAAGGAAGCUGUCCAAAGUAUAGUUAAAGAGACCACUCGCCAGGAAGAUGAGCCAAGUCCAGUCAAGAAGAAGAAAUCCGACGAGUGCGAGGGCACUCAAAAAGAAGGGAACGAAAAUAAGUCGAAGAAGCCUUCCUUGCUCUCCGACAAGACGUUCGACUCCCACUUUUUAGGAAAGAGACGAAGAUCUCGAUCUCGAUCGACCACUGAAAAGCUCUCGGGACGGAAAAUGAUCGACGACAUUCAGGAUAAGUCGAUCGCGCGUCCGUAUUCCAAGAAAAUGCCGAAAAUAAUUUGUCUCCCUCCGGCGACGCCGAAAGUCGACCCGAAGAAGAGGUCGAAGAAGUCCAAGAAGCGAGUUGACAAGAUGGACAAUCGGAAGAUGACGGGGAAUGUCAACAUCUACAUCUGUUCCGAGGCUACCGAAAAUGUGGCCAAGAAACCGAAGAAGAAGGAGAUGGAAGAAUGCUCCUCUUCGGUUACCGAGACCAACGAGAGCGUGAGUACCUCGAGUACAUCGACGAAUAAAUUGAUAGACGCCUUGUUGAAGAAACGCAACAGGAAGAAUUCCAAAAUCCAAGGCGAGAUCCAGGAAGAAGACGAAGAGACCCAGGCGACGUGCUUAUGCGAUGGAGGAGACGCUUCGGAUUUUUUCUCCGAGGAGAAGAAGUCCGAUGCGACUUUGUGUCUUUGCCAAACAUUGAGUGCUGAAGACAGCCUCGAAGAUGGGAAAUCUUUGUCGACGAGCAGAUUCGGCUGUUACUGUCAAUCCAGCGUGGAGGGAAAUCAGUUCCCUUCGGAUGCAUUUUCAGUUCUCACCCCUCGAUCCAGGUUUACAGCUUCUGACAAUGGACCCGAAGAGGUCGUCAAGGAGGCAACGUGUCCUUCUUACUUCCAGAGGUAUGAUUCAAGGCUUGACGAGCAGAAGCUUCCGACAUUCGUUCCGUAUGACUCCAGUGAGGAUAAUUAUAUGAACCGUGACAGCGAAAAUGCAUUUUUCGAAAAUUUUAGAAAAUAUCCUUACGUACACCCUGAAGAGAAGACGAAGACGCGUUGCGUUAAUCGAGGAAGAAGGAACGAAGUCAAAAGAUCUCUCGAGCCAGGGUCGUAUUGUGUCAAUGCUCCUCCUAGUCAAAUUUCUCUCAAAAAACCUCCUGAAUCAAUUUGCCGUUGUUUCAAGAAAAGAGACUCUUCAACAAUUUCGAGGCUCUGUCAAGGACGAGUGGAGGCUGAAGAGGUGGAUGAAGAGAAAAGAAAUGAAGAAAUGGAUAUAAAACCAUGUUUUAAUAACGAAUGCAAUCUUGAAGAGGUCAAGGAAGAGUGUUGCAUGGAUAAUCAGCAAACAACGAGUAAACCUGUGAGUGUAAAAAUCGUAGACCUGAAGGAAUCUCAAGAAAAAUCCGAAGAGGACCCGAAGAAGAGUGAAGAUGUAAAAGAUGAAGAAAAAUCCUCAUCUGUAAAAAUAAAUGCGGAGGAAAAAAUAAAAGAAUCCGAAGAGGAUCCGAAGAAGAGUGAAGAUGUAAAAGAUGAAGAAAAGUCCUCGUCUGUAAAAAUAAAUCCAGAGGAAAAAGGAAAAAAAUCGCCGAAGGGAAAUUCUAAGGUCUUCUCGAUUUCAGCCAAGGAGAAGAAAGAAGGAGACAUUAGUCCUUCUAAAAGGAAGAAUGAAAGGGACUCUUCAGGGACUAACGAGGAGAAAAAUGUGAAGACAGACUUGCAAAUAGAAAAAGAAGACACGCCUAAAGAUACAGCAGAGGGAAAAGAGGAUUCAAAAGAAAAAAGAGGUUCAUUUUUGCAAAGAUCAUUUCGAAGGGCUUCCGAGUUGAUGACGAAGACCAAGAGCAUUUUUUCAGACCCUGCGGAGAUACCAGAAAAGAAAAAGAGAGGAUGUUCUCCGACCUGCAGCGCAUUGAAAAGAGCCACACAGGACUCAACGCCUCCAAAAACUGAAAACACUUUGAAAAAUACCUCCGAAGAAACCUCAGGAAAAAUGUCAAAAGGCGAAGAUAAAUCAGAAUCAUCUAAUGACUCGAAUAAAAAGGAAGAAAUCAUAUCGAGUGCAGUGCAAAGAAGCGUGAGCAGUUUCAACCAAGAAAGGCGAUCAAGGUCGAAGCUGGCAGCAAUUAUUGCUCGAAAAAAAGCUUCAGCACAAUCCACCCAAAAGUCCAGCAACGAGGAUAUCGAGAAAAUGACUCCAUCUCAGAGAAACAUUAACGAGAAUCAAAAAGAAACGUCGGAAGAAGUCGAGAAAAAAGAUCUAGAAGAAUUGCAAGGGGAGGAUACUCCAGAAGAGGGGGUAAAAAAUUCUUCAGAGACGCCAGAAAAGUCCAAGGAACUUGAAAUAAAUUGCAAGUGCAUAUCUGCCGAGAUUCCUUCGAUUUGUAUAAAUGCAAAAAUAGUGCAACCAGAAUGCAUAACGCAGGACAAGAGGAAGAGGGAAGAGGAGCCGGAUUGUGAUUGCAAUUCUCGCUGCAACGAUCAAAUUAAUUAUCCGAAUAAAAUUUCUACUACUUGCAGAGCUCACGGAGACGUUGAAGAAAGUUGCUGCAGACCUUGCUGCAACCCCAACAUCGACUCCACCAGCUGCAUUUUGCCCUCCCAGGUGAAGAAACAGGAAAUGCAGCGGAGAAAUGAGACUUGCAUACAGGAAAAAGUGCAUCCUCUUCAACGUUGCCCUGCAAAGUGCGAGCGGGAAUUAAUUGACAAACCGAGGAAUAAUUUUUUAGAGGAACAGACUUGCAGACAUUGCUGCAAUCCCCACAGCAGGUGCACCUGUAGAGCACCAGUUAGUAGGUGCUCCUGUUGUCGCAUGCCUGUUGACAUUUGCGACUGUCUUCGAAACAAGGUGUCUAAUGACACGGAGAGAUCAUCUCCAGGCAACUUGAAAAAAUUCCCGGCCAUUCGAGUCACCGCCUGGAAGCCGAGAGAAGAAGUCAGCAAGUACUUCGCGAGGGACCUGAAGAACAUCCAGGAAGACGACGAAGAUGGAGCCGAAGAGUGCAGAUGCUUCGACAAGUCCAGAUUCCGAGACGAAGUCAAGCCAAGAGGAGCCGAAGAGCUUUCCUAUCAGAGCUUGAAUGUCUUUUCCGAGGUGCUUAAUGAGCUUCAGCAGAAAAUCAGCUCCUCCGUUUGCUGCACCUGCAGACGACGACCUUGCUGCUGCGACGAAGAAGUCGGCCAGAAGACUCGACUCAGUCCCCGAGGAAGAAGUCUAGGUUUCCAGCAGAAGAGAGCAGGAGAUAAAUCUCCUCAAGGACCUUGCCAAUGCAAUUCCAGUCCUCGAUCAUCGGAACGUCGCAGGAUCUCAUCCUUGACACCUCUUGAAAAGUGCAACACCUGCGAGUCUUCUCCAUGUAGAUGUCGAAGAAUGCCAUCGAAAGACGAGCCUCGGACCACUUGUUGCUUCUGCAAAGCGUCUCCUUGCAGGUGUCCGAAACGGAAAGGAACGGGAGAGAAGAUCGUGCCUUGUCCUUACAUCCAAGAAGAGUAUGCAGAAAUAAAAGACCGGCCCAAAACCCGAAGAGGUCCCAUUUACUGCGUUCGCCAGAGAGUGGGCCCCAUUUUUUAAUUACCGGUAGAUAAAUGGGAAGAAAACGUGCGUUGUAAAACAAUGUAUAUUUGCUCGGUGUUUGUCUAUACGUAUAUAUAUAAUUAUCCCGUGGAUUCAUUUAAACGUUAAUUCAAUUUAAAAAUCAUUUUCUCG